AGGACAGGACACAGGGCAGACACACACAUGCAUACGCCGUAAGCCGCUGUGCCGGGGUGCAGACCUGUUUAGCUCGGCUGAAUGCAGGACUCUUGGUGGGACUUUCUGAACCCAGGACCCUUUUUCUCAAGAUACUUCUGCUGGGAUAGUUACUAGUGCUAUAGCCUAUGUCUUCCACUUGUGACUUGAGGAGGAGAGGUAAGGGAGAGUUUGGAAGAAAGCUGCUGAGGAUUUGACAGAUGUGGGAUGUGAGCUCUAACAGUGACAAGAAAUGGCCCCCACACAACUACUGCGUGUUUUAAGUGCCAAGAGCCAAUUCUGUGUAUUUGUACUCAUACUGCAGAGUCCACGGGUUUAUGGCAUGUCUGGCUGGGGUGGCUGUCUGGAUGGCCAGGACGUGUUUGCUGCAGUCAGGGAGAACAGUCCCCCAGUUGUCCUGUCUCCAGAGCUCAUUGGGGACUGGGGUGAGGACAGCUUCUCCUGGACAGUGCGUGGAAAGGACGCACACUGGUUCUUCUUGGAUGGGACAAACCUCUGGCUCAACACAUCUGAAGAAAAAGUCCUGGACAGAGAGAUAGAGGGCCCAGUUUUAUUGGCAGAGCUGGUAUGUUAUGAGGAGGACACACUUCAGAGCGUUUACAGGAUUGUGGUGGAGAUCCUCAAUGAAAACGACAACAUGCCAGUGUUUGUGGACGGACCUGUGCAGACUGCUGUCAUCAGUGAGUUGAGUCCAGUGAAUGCAGUUGUUCUCAAGGUCCAAGCAAUAGAUGCUGAUAACGACAAGAUUAUGUACAAUAUUGACCAGGCAUCACCUGAUGCAAAGUACUUCAAAGUGGUUCUACCAAACAGCGGAGAAAUUGUCCUGGCCAAACCUUUAGACUACGAGACCAAGACUCUGCUCAGUGUGGUCGUGCGCGCUUCUGAGAUGGGCACAGCAGAGCAGUACAGCACCAGCGCUCACAUCUCCAUCACAGUGCAGGACGGAGAUGACCAAUACCCUCUGUUUAUGCCCUGUACUGUCCUUUACGAGGAGGUCAAUGCUCGGGUGUGUGUCAGCCCCACCUACACGGCCAAUGUCACCGAGGGACAGCAAGACAUUGUGUUGAGCUUCUCUCCUGGGCCCAUCUACGCAGUGGACGGAGACAGCGGCCUCAGUUCCUCCAUUAGUUACGCCAUCCUCACAGGGAAUGACGAUGGCCAGUUCCUGAUAGACAGACACACUGGUGAGAUGUCUUUAACUCAGGGCAUCCCUGACAGACUCAUCACUCCAGCCCUCCACCUGCAGGUCAUGGCAUUCCAGGACAAUGAUCCCAGGAAGUACUCUGUGGCUGCCGUAGUCGUGCAUAUUUUAGGACAUAACCAGUUUCCACCAGUGUUUGAGAAGUCCCAGUAUUCAGGCUUUGUGACUAUGGGGCUUGGUGCAGUCACUCUGGUUCACACAUACGGCAACAGAGAGCUUGUGUUAACCGUGAGAGACCAGGAUUUCAACCAGAGUGCCAACCCCAUGAUAGUUUUCAGUUUAAGUCCCAUGUCUAACCACUCAAAGUUGUACACGGUCACCAAAGAGGGGCUGGUGUUUGUGAAGACGGGUCAGCUCAGCCCUAGAGAGAAACAUGUCCUCGAGGUGAGAGCUGUGGACCAGGAGUCGGGAGAAUCCACCUUCACCACUGUGACAGUGGAGGUGUUGGCUGAGGGACAAGCAGCUCCUCAGAGUGAGAUGUCUGGGCAGCGCCUCAAUGGCUGUGUGGUAGGUAAAGCGCUCUUCCUCUGCCUCAUGGCCCUGUCUCUGGGGCUGUGUCUGCUCUAUCUGUGUGUGUGGAUGAAGAAGAGGCUGCAGGACCGCAGGGACCCACUGGAGAGGGGCAGUGUGGCCCAGGGCAAACAUCCCAAUGUGAGUCUACGCUGGUUUCAACUGGUGAGCCAUGGAAGUACCAUGUCCCAGACGGAGGAUCUCCCAUUCAGCACUGAAGACUACGGGACCUCCAACCCAUCUUUCAUAUUCUCCAACCAGGACAGUCCCUCCCAGCCUAAAGACGACGCCAAAGCCACUCAGUCUACCUGCGAGAACACAACCAGCCAGGAUACAGAAAACCUCAGCUUAGAAACACUUCCAUGUGAUUCCCCUCUCCACCUGUCGGAAAACUUCAGCAUUCCUGAAACCCCUCUUGCUCCUCCCAAUCCAAAGACUACCAGCCCUACCCCUCCCUCCUCUCCAUCCGACCUCUUGAGCAGACGGUUAGCAGCAGCCGCAAUCGACAAACCAAUCUGCAAAGUCCUCAGCCCUCCCAAACGCACCUCCUCUCCUCUGUUGAGUGCAAAAAAAGCCACCACCCCUCCUCCGAGCCCUGAGCUGUUGAGCUGGUCAUCCCUCAGUCAUUCACCGUUUACAGGAGAAGAGGCAGAGGUAGAGCCGUGCACUUCGCUGGAUAACUCGGACCAUUCUUCUGUGGGGCCCCCCCCUAGUGGACGAGAGGAUGAGGUGUUUUUCGAAGAGGAAAACGUUAGUCCAGAUCUGCUGCCAGAUGAACUCGAGCUGCUGGAUGUGAUGGAGAGAUGUUAUCCUGUGAUGGUCACCUUCAGGAAAUAGGCUCACAUACACAAAUAAGACAAAGACUGGUUUCA